CAUAAGGGCAAUUCUACUGGGUCACAUCUGCCUCGUCAAACACAAAGAUGUCUUGUUGAUUUGCUACGAAGGGGCGAUGCUGACCCGGAAUGUGGCUCGUCAAGUGACCGUCUCUCUUUAUAAACUUUUUUCUUCUUAGAUAUACAGUAUCGUGACCGUUUUCGCCGUCACUCCAUCCCCAUGCCGCUAAUCCGCGUAUGCGCACUGAGCGCCCCUAUUGUCUUCCAGCAGCAGAGCUGAGAGGACGGCAGCCCGGCUAUGACAACGCGAGGUAGCGCUGCAAUCUGAGCCGAACCUGCUGGCGCCCGGAGGGGACAGCGGACACCGACGACGUGCGACGGGCGACCGGACAGACACACUGCGUCGGCUGAGCAGACCGGCUGAUAACUGAGCGGGAGAUACUGCGGAGGAGCGCCGCCUGCCUGUGAACGACCAUUCCGGCUGAGAUUGGGACACACCGCCCUGCGGUUCGCCGCGGGAACGGAGCGUGUUGCGUUUUCCCACCCCGUUAAAAACAGGAUUAAUUUUGUGAUUCAAUCGAACGCGAUUAUUCACCAUCUCUCAGGUUAUACUGUGAUCCGAGGGGAACUGGGACGUUCAUCUCGCCCAUGAUCCGCUCGGGGAAAUGCUCUGUUGCGCCUCUUAGACACAGCCGGUUCGGUCAGACUUGACAGCCCUUUUUUUCAGCUCCCGUUUGCCGGGUCGGAUCUGGGGGUUUGCGGACCACCGCACACAGGGGCGCAUAGGGGGGCCGAUUCUUCCCACGGCUCUCGGCGGACAGCGAGUCACCACUUCCGCGAUGGGGGGCAAACAGAGCACGGCGGGCCGGCCCCGGGGAGCCUUCCCCGGCGUCUCGACGGAUGACAGCGCGGUGCCACCUUCGGCUCACUUUGGGCACUACCGGCCGGGCGGCGCGAUGGGACUGCGGAGUCGGUCGGUGAGUUCCGUGGCCGGUAUGGGCAUAGACCACAGCGCCACGGUGCCGUUUGGAUUUUACACCGCCCGAGGAGCCGCUGACACGGACAGAGGCGGAGGGGGUUCGGGUUCGGAUGCUGCGCACGGAAACGGCUUCCAGGAGCCUGGAGGCGGACACCAUACAGACGGCAUGCUGUACUUGGGAUCCCGGGGGUCGCUGGCAGACGCCUUGCCCUUGCACAUUGCGCCGCGGUGGUUUAGCGCCCACAGCGGUUUCAAGUGUCCCGUGUGCUCCAAGUCUGUGGCCUCCAAUGAGAUGGAGGUACAUUUCAUCAUGUGUCUGAGCAAGCCCCGCCUCUCUUAUAAUGACGAUGUGCUGGCCAGGGAUGCUGGUGAGUGUGUGAUUUGCCUGGAGGAGCUCCAGCAGGGAGACACCAUCGCCAGACUGCCGUGCCUCUGCAUCUACCACAAAAGCUGUAUAGAUUCCUGGUUUGAGAUCAACCGGUCCUGCCCUGAACACCCAUCAGACUGAGCCCCACGUUAUACACCUGUCACAGGGACUUUAUUAGCCUGGAUGGAUAGAUACCUGGGCACUGAAACAACCAAAAAAA